AUGGAUAUGUUUAUUCUUGAUCAAUCACAUAUGAUGUAUUCGGAACAAAUACCAACAUCUUCUCUUAAUACAACUACAGUUUAUCUUCAAGAUUUUCAUUCAGAACCUUGUCAAGUAUGUGGAGAAAAUGCUAGUGGAUGGCAUUGUGGUUCAAUUACAUGUGAAGCAUGUAAAAAAUUUUUUCUUCGAUCAGUCAAUGGUGAAUAUCUUAAAUACAAAUGUAUACGAGAUAAGAAAUGUAUUAUUACACGUACUACACGAACACAAUGUCAAUAUUGUCGAUAUUCAAAAUGUAUUGCAAUUGGCAUGAAAAUUAUUGAAGAAAGUUCAAAUCCAAAAAUUGAAGAAAUCUUCAAAGAAAUUCCAUGUGCUGUUUGUCAAUCUGCAUCAUCGGGUAUACAUUUUGGUGCAACAACAUGUGAAGGCUGUAAAGGAUUUUUUCGUCGAAUGAUAAAAGAACGUAUACCACAACAUUAUAAAUGUUCAGAAAAAAAUAAUUGUGAAGUAAAUGCUAUAACAAGAAAUAUGUGUCGAGCAUGUCGAUUUCGAAAAUGUCUUAUGGCAGGAAUGUCUAUUGAAGGUUCACGUAUAGGAAGACAAUCAAAUUUAUUUAAACAUAAAAUGGUUGAAAUGCAACGUCGAGGCUUAAUUCAACCGCAAUUAUUUAAUAUAUUAACUUCAAAUUUAAAUAAUUCAAGAAAAAAGAUGACACAUACAAAUCAAGUACCAUUAGUUGUCUCAAGUUUAGAAGAUAAACUUGAGCCUGAAGUAUUUCAACAAAUAUUGAAGAUUGAAAACGCUUAUAUCAGUCAACUUAAAGAACUUCCAAUUUAUUCGAAUGAAACAGAUGAUUUAUGGAUGGCUUGUAUUUCUCAAUUGAAUGAAUAUUCGAAUCGUGUCAGAGAUUUUAUUGAUAAAAUUCCAAGUGAUUAUUAUAGAAAAAACAAAACAAAUCAUUAUCAAUUGAAAACAUAUGUCUUUUUUUCAGAUUUUAAUUCUAUUAAUUUUAUCGAAAAAUCAUCACUUAUUCAUUUAUCUACUCAUUCUGUUAUUUUAUUAUGUCUUUGUAUACAAACACUACGUUUACGAACAAUAAAUACCAAUUGGAAUUAUUUCAAUAUUUCAUCAAAUACAACAUGUAGUCAAUAUUUACAAGAACGUUUUCCAUUUUUUUUUGAAUUAAAUCGUUUAACAUAUUCAUUUGAAAAAGAACUUCAAAUACUUGAACUUGAUGAUAAAGAAAUUUCACUGAUGCUUACAUUACUUAUAACUUCAAUUGGAAAUAAUAGUUUAAAAGAAGUCGACAAUAUUGAAGAAGAAUGCUUUUCGAUCUUAUUUGAUUAUAUGGCUGUCAAACGUGGUAUUGAUAAUAAAGAUUAUUUUAUUUUAACCAUUCAAAUUCCAUUUUUACAUCGUAUUAGUCAUCUAAUAUCGACAAACAUAAAUAAUUUUAAAAGUUCAUUAUUUUAUGAACUGUAA